AUGUCAACUCUGCCGCGACUAACCGCAAGGUUGGCCCAGGCUAGCGCCAGGCACGAUCUACAGGGCCUCGCAACCACUCUUCACACCUCCAAGACUCAUUAUUCCUUCAGGACGUUUCACCACCAGUCAAAACACCACCACACGACCUGUUUGUAUGGACCCGGAUGCCGUCGUGCCCGCCCUAUCUCUAUAACCCAUGACACUAAAAAAAGCGUCGUUGCUGCGCGAUCCAAGGAGUUCCACACAUCGAGCCCGCGCCGGGACCUGAUUGAUGAUCCACGAUACAGUCCCGAGAAGGUAGCAGCCCGCGCCAAAUACCCAAUUCUUACAGCCAAGGACUCCGCCAAGAGCAGGGACAUGCCCCUGGGAGCCAAGAUGCUUGUGCGGGAUUUUAUCGACGACUCGCUCUACCAUCCACGCUACGGCUACUUUUCGAAGCAGGCAGUAAUCUUUUCACCCGAGACGGAUUUCGAGUUUGAGAAGAUCAAGGACAACAUGGAGUUCUUGGAUAUAAUCGCGGAAAAGUACAAGGAGAUUGAGGACGAUAUGGACGUGAGAGAUGAGGUCGCGAGACAGGUCUGGCAUACACCCACGGAAUUGUUCAAGCCUUGGUAUGGAUACGCGAUCGCAAAGUACAUCGUGACGGAAUACAAACUCAACAACUACCCACAUGAGGACUUGAUCAUCUACGAGAUGGGUGCCGGAAAUGGAACACUUAUGCUGAACAUCCUAGACUACAUUCAACAAUUCGAGCCCUCGGUCUAUGAGCGCACCCGUUACCGGAUCAUCGAGAUAUCCAAAAAGCUGGCGCAACGACAGGGUGAGCGCCAGGAGGUUCGAGAAGUCACUCAACGCCAUAAAUGCGUCGAGGUCAUCAAUAAGAGUAUCUUUGAAUGGGAUACUGUCGUCCCAGAUCAUUGUUUCUUUGUCGGCAUGGAGGUCCUAGACAACUUUUCGCACGACUUGAUCCGAUACGAUUCAGUAACAGAGGAGCCGUUCCAAGGCAUGGUGGCAAUUGAUGAAGAGGGCGACUACACAGAAAUCUACACGCCGGUCGCGGAUCCAUUGAUCCAGCGAUACCUCUCAAUCCGGAAACAGACAGGAUACAGACCCCCUGUGCUGGCAAGAAGGUUCCUGAGGCGACUUCGUAAUCGAUUGCCGUUUGCGCCCAAUAUGACAGGACCGGAAUUCAUCCCAACAAAGCUGUUGCUACUGCUCGAGACCCUCAAGACAAACUUUCCAAAGCAUCGGCUAGUGCUGAGCGAUUUCUUUACGUUGCCAGAGGCGAUCCCUGGUACAGAUGCACCGGUGGUCCAGACGAGAUAUGCGGGAACGAUGGUCCCUUGCUCGACAUAUAUGGUAAUGCCCGGGAUGUUCGAUAUUUUCUUCCCGACCAACUUUGAGCUGCUAAGGGAUAUGUACCAGGAGGUCUGUCGUCCAUCAUUGGGAAUGGAGAAGUCAGUCAAGGUGCAGACGCAGAGAGAGUUUCUGGAGCGAUAUGGCGACCUUGAGAAGACUCGGACGUAUAGCGGCGAAAACCCAAUGUUGAUGUAUUAUGAAAACAACAAAAUGCUCCUGAGUUAG